ACUACAGAUAGCAUAGCAAACACUCAGCCAGCCCGGCUAUCUAGAUAUCUGUAGUCUCCUGAACUUCUGGACUGCGAUGGAUGUUUUCGGAGCCCGAGAGGAAGUAGGGAGACCCCGGAAUUGUCCCUUCUUAAUAGGGGUCAGUGGAGGAACAGCUAGCGGCAAGUCAACAGUGUGCGCCAAGAUCAUGGAGCUGCUGGGCCAGAACAAGGUGGACCACCGCCAGAGGAAGGUGGCCAUCAUCAGCCAGGACAGCUUCUACAGAGUGCUGACGGCCGAGCAGAAGGGGAAGGCGCUGAAGGGCCAGUACAACUUUGAUCAUCCAGAGGCAUUUGAUACGGACUUAAUGUACCAAACCUUGGCAGACAUCGCAGCGGGAAAAGUGGUUCAGGUGCCAACGUAUGACUUCGUAACUCAUUCCAGAUUGGAAGAGAGGAUCACAGUUUACGCGGCAGACGUGGUCCUCUUUGAGGGGAUUCUCGUCUUCUACCCACAGAAAGUGCGUGAUAUGUUUCACAUGAAGCUUUUUGUGGACACAGAUUCAGACGUCAGACUGUCUCGCAGAGUUUUGCGAGACAUGACCAGAGGGAGGGAUCUGGAACAGAUUCUCACGCAGUACACAACAUUUGUCAAGCCUGCCUUUGAAGAGUUUUGUUUGCCUACGAAGAAGUAUGCAGAUGUCAUCAUUCCAAGGGGCGUUGACAAUAUGGUGGCCAUCAACCUUAUCGUGCAGCACAUCCAAGACAUCCUGAGUGGUGAGCUCUGCAAAUGGCAGCGAGCCUCCGCCAGCGGCCACACGCGGGGCUUCAAAAGAGCCAUCUCUGAGCCGGGGGACCUGCAGAACGGAGCCCCCAACUCUGCAGGGAAGAGGGUCCUGCUGGAGCCCAGCUGCCGGCCGCACUGAGCCUUCACUGGGGCUCUGGAGGACGGAUGUUUCCAGACUGUGGACAUGAGCUCGAGACAGGAUUGCUGCUACUGAUUUGUGCACGAAGGGUCACGCCACCCUCCCUCUCUGCAGAGGUUUUAAAAAGUAAAAAAAUGUACCCACAAUCCCACGGUGCAAGCAUACAGUGCUGCGACCACUCCAUCAUUUCACUGUAAUUAUUGCUGCAUAACCAACAUGCUUCUAGAUGAUGCUUUUCACAUGUAACGGUCUUCCAUGAUAAUGUUUCUCAGUGUUGGCUGUGGUCAGAGGAUCAGUCACGGAGAGGGAGGGGAGGAGCUGCAACUCAAACACAUUUUAAAUAUUGAUUUAUCUGCAGAUUAUUUUAUAUAUUUAAUCUAUAACAUUUCCAUUUGAAAAUCCAAGGUUAUAUCUUUAAAUGUCUUCUUUUGUCAGUUUAAAACCCAAAGAUAUUAUAUUAUAUAUAUACACUUUGAUACAGACAAAAGUAGGGCAUAUUAUUGUAACAAAUAUCAAAAAGUUGCUGAUUAUUUUUCUGUCAUUGGAUUAGUCCUCUAAAAGUUGCAGCUCAGGUAAAAAGAGUUUUUAAAUGUUUAAUUUCUGUAAUGCUUUUGCACUUUGACGUUUACAUCUGCUUUUUUGUUGCUUAAAUUCAGAGUAUAUCUAAAUGAUAGUCACACUAACCUGUUAUCCUGCUGUUUCCCUAUUUGUUUUAACUUAUUUAAAUCAAAUCAUAGUAGCGUUAAACUGAGUGCUUCCUUUCAUUACUUACAGUUGAAUACAAGCCUUACUUUUUUUAAGUUCAUUUUGCACUGACCACUCUGUACAACAAUAAAUGGAAAAGUGUAAGUCC